UAAUAUCCAUCGCCAUAUCCUCAAUUAGGAUUUGAUGGCUACACAUGACCUGUUGUAUUCCAACAGUCGCAACUAUCUAAUCGUGGCUGUUGCUUCGUCACUGCUUGGCAAGCCUCGCCUUCGUAGUAGCUCAACAAUCCCGUCGAAUCAUCAAGCAAAUCCAGUGUAGCCUGUAAUAGCAGUGAUGGAUAUGAAAGCAUUGUUCAUAACUGUUUUCAUGUAAGAAUCUGGUUUCAAUCCAACGUCAAUGGUGCACGAUGUAGAUCUAUGCAGCCUGCUGGACACUGCUUUAGGUUGCAUGUUUCAUUGCAUUGGUAGUGUCAAGGAUGCUUUAUUGGUUUAGGGUUUCUGAUCAGAAUGAGGUGAUAUGUGCCUGGAGCUUAUUCAUGUAACUGGUUGCUCUGUGGUUCCUGGAACCGGAGAUCCAUGUUGACGAGGACCUCGUGCAAGCAGAGCUCAAUGUGGUCAUUGUCCCUCACAUUACCUGAACGAGAGGCCGCGGAGUUUUUGUUAUGAUUUUCUGUUUCUAUGGAUGCCGCAGGUUGGAUGGGCCUCAAUGAGGUUUUCUUCUGACAUGAACUGCAUGAUUUGUUGCGCCUUGUCACAGCUUCUGAUUUCCCUCUCCACCAAAUCAUAUACUUCUCUGCUUUUUGGCGCCGGCAGCGGCUCUAUGUGCGACGAUGGAGAAGGCUUUUUCAGUGGAUCAAAAGCUCGUUGGUAGGUAAAAGAGGUUAGUGGGUUAGAAGAGGAAAGUUUGAACUCGUGCAUGAAGAAUUCAGGCGCUACCUCCAUGUCUGGAUGCCAGUGGUCGUAAUUUGAGAUGAUUUAGUUGCUGUGAACUCUUUCAAGCGCUUCACCACCUUUUGUGGGUCAAGGAAUUCUUUGAUGCUAACAGCCUCGCGUGUUUCUAUUACUGGUUGCUUGAAUAUUUAACUUCUAUCGAUUGAUCUGUCGGAUUUGGGAUCUAUCAGUUCAUGAUUUUAGGCUACAACAGUUGCGGGAGGUUAGUUUUUUUAAUUCUACAUACAUUUUUGGAUACUGAAUGAAUAUCCUUACCAACGUCGACUCGGGUCAGUGCUCUCAACUGUUGGUCGGUGACCACUGAGGCAUGGAAGAAGAUAUCACCGACACACAAAUAGGAAACCUUGAAGAAGAAAAUGACACUGUAAACAACGACGACGCCGCAGCCGAGGUAGGAGCAGGGAGUACAUUUCUGAGUGCAAACUUAUGGGUUCAAUUAACACCCGACGAACUUACAUUGACAAAAUCAGGGGAUUCGAUCAUGAAUGACAUAAUGUGGCCUGAAAUUCCUGACGACAUCAUGAUGAGGGUGCUCUCUUUCUUACCACUUCGAAGGUUGUUUCAAAUGCGAGUUGUUUGCAAGCGUUGGUCGAACUUGACACAGUGUCCAGAUUUCAACAAAAUCUGCUUGGAGGUGAAAGCUCCGGUGCUGGCACCGCACCCUGCCGUCUGCUACGUCUACAACCGGUUGGGUUUUCGGUGGGCAGUUUUUGACACUGCAGAAGGAAAAUGGCAGGUCAUGCCGAACUUCCACGCCAGGUUCGAGGAUGAAAGGAUGAAGAAUAGGGAAAUAUACGUUGCCAGUCGUGGUCUCCUCUGUCUUUUAGAAGUUGGCACCAUAGACGUCAUGAAAAGCCUUACAAUUUGGAACCCUUUGACAAACCAUGAGCAACAAUUACCCAAAUUUCUCAGCUUGUGGUCUUUCCCCCUCGUCCGGAUCAUGGUCCACUAUGACAACACAAAUUCAUACAAACUGAUCCUGUCUGGCAACCAAAAUUACCCUCCCCAGGAUGAGCGGUACUCCGCAACGGAAAUCUUCGACUCUGCCAAAGGAGUUUGGGUUCAAGGCGGGAAACUCUUGCCCAACCUCAUGUUUCCUUUCUCCAAUGGCGCAGUUUGCAACGGAGCAGUGUACUAUUUCGCGAGCAGACCCAUGACGAUGUAUGACAUCCUGCUGAAGUACGACGUUGACGAAGACAAAUGGAGUGAAAUCGAUCACAUCAUCCCCCAAAACACGUAUUGCACCCCCUAUCUCUUCGACUACAACGGAAACCUGCUUACGUUGAUGCACUUGUUGAGUGGACCCCCAGCUCGCAACGCGAGCUGCGCCAUCUUUCACCUCGACUUCAACACCAGGGAGUGGACGAUCCUCACUCAUCUGCCCGAACUGGUUUACAUGGACUUUGCCUACAUCGGCGGUUGCCUGGCUUCCGGCAAGCAACUGUGUGUGACCGGCAAUGCUUCGAAUCGAAACCUGAUCGUCGCAGUUUACGACGAUGGCGAGCACAACUGGAAUUGGCUCCCGACUUGUCCCCUAGUGCCCUCGGCCGACUUGAUCGAGCGACACACCACCUUCACGUUCCACCCGACCUUUCACAAUCCGCGAUUCGUCCUGGAGCAGAUCAGCGGCUAAAGAAUGGAUCUCUUCGACCCUGUGUACAAUCUCCCAGUUUCGAUUGCUCGAUUUUCACAGAUUUCGGCGUGAGAGAGAUAAUCUGUCGGUGACUCCCGUCAUAUAACGAAUCAUCGCCGCCGAUUUUCUUCGCCCUAUUUCUUCAGAAGUCGUGAUUGCGAGGUGGGUAGUCUUUCGGAAUCGAACAACUACUUUCAGACGCCGGGCGAAACUGGAGGAUAGCGUUAUCAUGCAGCCAAUUUCAAAAUAUUGAAAGUUCGAGAUGGAUUUCCGUUGUUUCCGAGGCAAGAUGGGGUGCUGACUGACAGACGGACAAACUAAAUGAAUGAGAAUUUGUAUCAACGGAUUGAAAUUUGAGGGUGGUAACUGCAUUCUGCACGAAGAGCGCGUGCAAUUGGAUGGAUAAAUUAGGUGGUUUUUCAGGGUUCUUGUAGAAAAUGGUUUGAGUUAAAAUGCAAGAAAUUGAAAAAAAACCUGAAGCCAUGAAAUCUGUUUGAUUGUUUCUUUGAAUAGGUGAAGUUGAUUGAUUUCGGUGAAUUUCAGUUUCUUAAAUAUUAUGUAUACUGUAA